GCGCACACACUGAAAACUACACGGUCUUGGAGUUAUAUCGGUGAAGUGCUCCGCUUGGAUAAAGACACAAGCGCGACUGCGCUCACAACUUUACUUCUUCGAAGUUCAGGGGAAAGAAGAACUGAAACGAAGAAAAGUGGAGCCAGAGUAGAGGAGGAAGCUUCUUCACCGGGCUAGGCAUGGAGAGAGAAAGAGUCUGCACCAUGAAGGUCUUUCUCACUCUGCUGAUGCUCUUCCUCAUCCUUCCUGAUGGCACCUUGUCCAGCGACUGCCCAGAGCACUGCUCCUGUUCCACACCAGAAUCCAUCUUAUGUUUCCAGAGACGCUCCUCUACCUUUCCCAAGCAAGUGCCUCCACAGACAAAAAGUCUCUACCUGUUUGCAAACGGCAUUGAGGGCUUGACAACUGAGGACUUUGAUGGUCUGGAGAACCUGGAGAUGCUGGACCUCAGUCAAAACAAAUUGACUGAACUUACAGAUAGGGUGUUUGAACCUUUGACCUCUUUGAGAAACCUGGACUUGUCAUCCAACCAGAUCACCCACGUUUCAGAGGAAUGCUUCCAGGGUAUGAAACUGCUUGAGCGCCUUUAUUUGUAUAGUAAUCAUAUCGAGACCAUCCACCCUACAGCCUUUAAUGGCUUGGAGCACCUGCUGGAACUUAAACUGCAGGGCAACCAAUUGACAUCCCUGCCUGCUCUCACAAUGCCCCGACUACUGCUGCUGGACCUUCGCUUUAAUGUUUUACCCACCGUGGGACCUUCAGACCUCCAGACCCCAAACCUGGAGUCACUCAAAUUGGGUGGCGUGGGGCUGACCAGCUUGAAUAAGGAGCUCAUAGGUAGUCUAAAGAACCUCCAUGAACUGGAUAUCUCGGGAAACCAACUUGAGUCCUUCCCCUCAGCACUAAAGGAGACCCAGGGGCUGAUUCACCUCAGCCUGGCUGGGAACCCCAUGGGUCCUCUUGAGGUUCAGGACUUGCAGAACCUUGGAGAGCUGCAGGAAUUGGACAUUAGCAGCCUUAGUUUGCUAGGCCUCCCUGAAGAGUUCCCCCAGCUCUUACCCCACCUCACAAAGCUCACAGUAGCAGAAAACCCCUUUAACUGUCUCUGUACCUUAGCAUGGUUCCCAAGAUGGCUGAGAGCCCAGAGCAUCACCCUAGAGAGAACAGAGGAAACCCGCUGCCAUUUCCCACCUAUUAGUGCUGGAAAGGUAUUGGAAAGACUGGAGCACAGGGAUUUUGGAUGUCCUACUACAACUACAGUCACCACUAGUACUGUCAAAACUACUACUACCUUGCCUGUUCCUAUCACUACCAUUCCGAGUACUACUAGAACUAUUCUAGCACCCAGGGCCAGUGACAACCCCACAUACGAAGAUGAUGACUCUCCCCUGCCCCAUGUCCCUGCAUCGCCCAGUAGCAGCAGCAUAGACCCAGACGAGGAGCAGCAUUUCUGUCCCCCUCCGACCUGUCUGAAUGGGGGUACCUGUCGUUUGGACCAGCAUGGUCAGGUAGAAUGUACCUGUCCACAUGGUACCUCUGGCAUGUAUUGUGAAGUCCAAAACCAUUAUCCGCCUUCACCACCAGAAAAUGACAGCCCCAUGGCAACUGUCAGUGUAGAGUCACCUGACAUCAGCUCACAUGAAGCAACUGCAACCUCGAUCCUGCUGGACCUCCACCGCUACAUUGAAAUGCGGCCUUACAUCCGUGGAAUCCGCCUCACCUAUCGCAAUCUCUCAGGGCCAGACCGCAGGCCAAUUCAACUCAGCCUGCCAGCAUCCUUCCCAGAGUAUCGACUCAGAGGUCUGAAGCCCAACUCCACCUACACUGUGUGUGCUAGCCCACUAGGUGCCCCGAGUGGCAUAGACAGUGUCUGCACUGAGGCCCAUACGGUUCCUGAAAGUGUCUCAGGCCAUGAUGCACAGUAUGACGAUCAGAAGUUGACUACUAUGCUGGUGCCUGCAAUUGCCAUCAUGCUACUACUUGUACUGAUAGCGAUAGCAGUGGGAGUGGUAUGCUAUCUUCGCAGGAAGAGAGCCAAGGGCCACCUGGACCUAGACUGUGAGCCCUCCCAGCUAGAGUUGGAUGGAGUGAAGGCUGGUUUGGACAAUGGUGCACUGCCUCAAAAACAGCCCCAACUUAAUAUCCCUGAACCUGCUGUUCAGAAUGGCAAUCUGGAAUAUGAGGUGUUGCUACUACAGGAUCACUGUUCAUCAAAUAACAAUAUGACUUCACAUAAGCCUUCCUACUUUUGACACCUGGCUUGGACUACUCAGACCUAAAAGAGGAUUUUAAUUUUUCAGCUCUGUUUUCCCCACUGGUGAAAUACAGUGAGCAGCAAAAUAUGUUGUGAAAGUAGUGGAGGACACAGUAUCAGGCGGUCAACAAGCAAAGGAGAAACUGGACAUAUAUUUAACUCAAUGCCCUUCGGUUGUCUGAGUAGACAUUAAACAAAAACAGUUCUUUGGACUUAAAAAAAUCCCUGAAAGUGCCUCUACUCCAUUUACAUGCUGCAUCCUGCUUCAAUAAUAUUUCCUCACUCAAAUUGCUGGAAUGACAACACCUCAGCUCCCAUGCUGUGAUGCUGGGAUCAAUAGUGUCGUCAUUGGCUGAAACUUAGGGUUAGGGGACAUGGUCACCUCAGGCCCUCGUUUAUGUGUUCAUAAAGGAGAGUGCACUGAAAUUGAGUUGUGCAGUUUCCCCAUCACACAGCCCAACUAAACACCAUCAGCAAUUGUUUUUGCUGCAUGUUGUAACUCCUCAAUACUGCCCCAAAGGGACCAGUGCUUGCUGUGAAUGACCUUUAAGACACCAAAUGAAGUCGGGCAGAGAAAAAAGCUUAUGCUUGUAUUGCUUUAUUUGGCUGUAAAACUCUUUUUUGUGUUGUAUGUGUGUUUUUUAUACCCGUGUCUUUAUGUAAAAAUGUUAUUGUGCAACAUUGUGACUGUUAACAGCCCUCUAUAGCCUACACCCCCCCCACCCCACCUUUUGUGACUAACAGACAAAACAGCAGAUUAAAAUGUUUGAAGAUUAAAACUCGUUUGGUACCAGCAAAGUCAAUCAAAGGGCUUUGCCCCCAGAAUGUCAGACAGUCUAAGUAGAUGUGAGUCUGGACAGACCCGAGACUAAAUCCCCCUUCUCAAUUCUGAAGCCCUCAGCCUGCUUUGCCAUCACAAAGGGAGAAGGUAAGCAGGAUUACAAAAGGUACAGAGGGGAACAGUUGAAAGAAUCCCUUUUGUUUCAGUGCUGCACUGAGUUCCAUACAGUUCAGAGCUUUCCUUAAUUACAGUAAGCCCUCACAUGACUAUACAGCAAAAUACAACUUCAGACUCUAUAUAUAUUAUUUAUAUUCACUGAUAGGGAAAUGUUCUCCCUAAACCACAAUUUGAGUACAAUAUAUUACUUGGCCUGGCCCACUACAAGCAAAGCAAAUAGUGGUUGUGUAUUGUGUUUCCCUUGAGUAAAAAUAGCAUGCUUGGCGUAAUGCUGUACACAAUUUCUCCUUGGCAAUGAGGGUUCCAGUUUUGCUUACUUGCACCUAAGCAAACUAUGGAAAGGUCAGAUCAACAAGAGGAGCAAACUUCUUUACAAUACUGUGGAGAGGACACAGAUAUAAAGUGGGAGAUCCACAGGAAGGUUAUUGUACAGAUACAGAAUACUGAGAUCCAAAUCUGUUUAUAAAGGGCAAAGAAGUAACCUUUUGUGUGUGUAUGGAUAUGGAUAUGGAUAUGGAUAUAUAUAUAUAUAUAUAUAUGUAUGUGUGUGUGUGUGUGUGUGUGUCUGUCUGUCUGUCUGUCUGUCUGUCUGUCUGUCUGUCUACUUCAGUGAUAAUGCAAGUACGUGCUCUGUCUUGUGCAAAGACCUGCAGACAUCAAGUUACUAUCAGUUACCCCAUCUAUCUGCCUGCAUGGCUAGCAGUACAUUAAGCCCCUAACAACUCUACCUACUUCAUAGACAAACACACCAAAGACACAUCUGUGAAGAUCUGUAAAGUUACCUUUCUACACUAUUCCUAGCGCACACUUAAAAGUACCCUGCUAACAAGAUGCCUUGAGAAUCCACCCAAACAAACAAUCAAGCAAUGCAACUGGAACAUUUGUCUGUAUAAUAGAAUACAUUGAAGAUAUCCAAAAGUAUUUUCAAUGUGAUUGUUAAUUUUUCCCUGUUUAUUUUGGGAAGCUCUUCGUUGUCAUUUAUCGUUUGUUUUUUGUUUUUGUAAUUCUGUGAAAUUAUUUGUACAAGUGGAAAAAGUGAUAUUAUCAUUAAAUGAAUAUCGAAAAAUAGAAUGAACCGAGUUGUC